AGGCAUAACGGAGGCACUAAAGCUGGUCAUGCUUCUACGCUGCUUGAUUCAUUUCAAGCCCAGUAACAGAAGAGCCUUCCUGAGAUUGCUGUCACCAUACCUGCCUGUCACCUACCCGAGGCUGGCUAAUCUGCAUCUGUGGUAUCCAGUUCCCCCAUGAUGAAGUGAGGGCCUGUCCAGCCCUCUUCCAAAGGGCUGAGGCUGCAGAGGCCUCAGGGACUUCUUUCAGGACUCACAGAAACCUGCAUCCUGGUGAUGGCACACAGGGACUGUUUUCUUGUUCUUAGUCUGAAUGACUGCCAGGAAAGAAGGCAAAGGUUGAAAGUGUGUCUCCUGGAUACCUUCCACCAUGUGACAAGGACAGCAGUGCUCUUCUGGCUUUCAGAGGAGUUCCCGUCAGCUGCCCCUGCAGAUCUCAGAGUUGAAGAACCACGGCAUCCUCCGGGCCCUGACGGCGGAAGCGAAUGGCUGGGAGCCCGGUGUUGUGAGUACAGAGGUGCUCGGAGCCCAAGAAGAAUGGGAAGCUGUGGACAGCAUCCAACCAGAGACAGGGAGCCGGGCCAGCUCAGACCAGCCUGGUCAGCUGGUGUCCUUCAGCGAGGCCCUGCAGCAUUUCCAGACUGUGGACCUCUCCUCCUUCAAGGAACCAAUCCAGCCACAGACCUGAGAGGAGCAGGCUUCCUUGCCCUCCUGCAUCUCCUGUACCUGGUGAUGGACUCAAAGACCUUGCUGAUGGCCCAGGAGAUUUUCCGCCUGUCUCGUCACCAUAUCCAGCAAUUCCCCUUCUGUUUAAUGUCCGUGAAUAUCACCCGCAUCGCAAUCCAGGCCUUAAGGGAGGAGUGUCUCUCCAGGGAGUGUAACCGGCAGCACAGGGUGAUACCUGUGGUGAACAGCUUCUACGCCGCCACUUUCCUCCGCCUCGCGCACGUCUGGAGGACGCAGCACAAGACCAUCUCUGACUCGGGCUUUGUCCUCAAAGACUUGGAGGUGUUGGCCAAGAAGAGCCCCAGACGGCUGCUCAAGACCCUGGAGAUGUACUUGGCUGGAGUGUCCAAGGGACAGGCCUCCCUGUUGGGGGCACAGAAGUGCUCUGGGCCACAAGCCCCUCACUCCAAGGAUCUCACUUUCACAGGCGUGUGUGACCUGCCACCACACUCAUCCGAAGGCACAUGGCUGAUCUGACCAGCCCCAGCGGCCGCUUUUGGAGGGUGCACCCUGGCACCCUUCUGCCCCUUCCGGCCCUAGCACAAGGGAUGUGGAGAGCCAAGGACCCUCACCUGCGUGAGAUGUUACGUGCCGUUAGAUUUGACCCACUCUCUACAGUCCUGCCUCCAGAGCGAGAACGUUGCCAUAAUCUUAGUUGGGCGACAGCUUCUGGAGUCAGGUUCCAGGUAAUCUCGGUGACAGAUCAUGAGGUGGGAGACCCUACCUGGAUGUUCCACACAGCCCUGCAUCAAAGAAAUUCCCAAAUAGAGGCACCAGGGGUCCACAGGACAGGGACCAGACAGGGGCUGAGCAGUCAGAAAGCGAAGGGAGCCGGUAGCCGUGGCAGCAGCCGACAGGGGGCAGUGUGGACCAGAGACGGUACCAGGCCGGCCUGCCUCUCCACCCGCCCACCAGGGCAGGGCUCCUGGUCUCCGGCCUUGCUCUUAACCCCACCCUCACCUCUCGCCAUCCCUCCUCCCCACUGUGGGUGACACAGAACCAGGCACUGGGCUAGGUGUCUCUGCUGCCGCCCAUCCUAACCGCCCACCAGGCGGGCUUCCCCAUGGAGGCGGUGCAGGUCCCAUGGGGAUGGUUUUCUGGCCUGGUUGAGGGAAGGAGGAAAUUCACACACCAGCAGUUUUUGAAUAAAGGAAUUCUGGGUUGAGGGUCUCAAGUGUUUUCCUUCCAGACAAGCUUUGCACCUUCCUGUGACCCUGUUAUCCCAGGGUCCCCUUUAGAGCCAGGUGAUGGCCUGGUUGUCUUGGGCGCUGGUCAUGGGCCCAGGAGAGAAGGCUGCUGUGUCCUGGCCGCACUCCUGCUGCGUUCACACACCGUCCAGCCUCACCCCACUGCACUUAAACACCCAGAGGCUCUGCCCACUCUAGCCAGUGGGCGAGGCGGCCCUGGCUCACGUUAAGCGUGGCUGGUGUGAGACAUCCACACAGGGUUUGUCCUACAUUUGCUUCUGGGGCUCUGUUGCUACACUUGCAAAAGGGCCUUCAGGGCUUCAGAGCUGGAGAGGUGGGGGUAGGCGGGAGCCCCACUAGGCUGCUCUCCAAGCCUGAACGGCUGCAGGGGCUCCCGUCACAGAGGUGGGGACGACAGAUGGCCACCCGAGUACGGAAGGGACUCCUGUCAGUGGGAUGCCUCGGGUGGGGCUGGUGAUGCACCCUGCCGUUUGCCUUGGGUUGUCUUUGCCUGACCUGAACUCGUCCUCUGUCUACCUCCUUCGUCCUGACGGGGUACUUAGCGGACCAGCAGAGACGGCAGAGAGAUCCCUGGGCCUGGUGGGGUUAGAACACUGCCCAGCCUCCACUUUGGUGUGUCCAGUUCAGUGGUUCCUUUCCUGCAGAUUCCUUUCCCUCAUUCAGACCUGGAGGCCAACUCAGCAGACCUUGAUGGUGAGUGCUGAGCCCACAGCACAGCAGGGACCAGCGCUCGCAAGCCUCUUGCUGGAGGAGAGGUCAGUGGCCCCUGCAGAAGCCUGUGCCACGUCCCUCCUGGUGGGAUGCUCGCCAUACAACUUCGGACCUGGGAACACCAGCAGAACAGCCCAGGGGUUACGUUGCAGUUCUGCUGAUGGACUGGUUGUGGAGGGACGUGUAAACUCUCAGCAAGUAGAUGCAAAAAUCUUAAUCUGUGCAUUUUUCUUGGGAAAGGCCUUCCAGGGCCUUUCGUGAGAGACUUAAAAUGCUUCACAACCCUAAAAAGGUCGGGAUCAUGGAUUUGGUACAACCCUCCCUCUCUCCCCUUUUAAAAGUCAUCCCUGUAAAAAAUAAAAAGGAAAAUAAAUGAAAGUCAUCCCUGGCAUACGCUCUGCAUAGGCUGUUCAGCGGACGCCUGGGAUGUCUGCAUGGAGACAAGGGCAGGGGGAUACACAGGGAGCUGAUUUCUCUAUGCUUCUCAGCACAAAGUCACUAAUAAACGUGAUCAGAAUUUCUGUUUGGGACGGAAGAUCCAGCGUGUCAGAGCUCAGAAGCCGCACAGCCCUGAGGGCCCAGGAUGAAGGUGGGUCAGGACGGCUGCAGCCCCACCAGGCCUUGCAGACUCCAGGCCCUCUGGUCUGGCCUUGCUCCUGCCCCCGGGUCAUGGCCUCCAGGGUGGGACUGCUUUGGGGCUACUCCAUUCUCCCAUUUAGCUACCUAGCCUCUUUGCUGUUCCAGCCAUC